AUGAAGCUUAACAUCGCGCACCCACGCAAUGGGACCGUCAAGCAGUUCGAUGUCACCGAUGAGGUCCUCCUCCGCGUGUCGCUGACCGACUACCGCCUCGGCAACGAGGUCGAUGGCGCCAUCUUCGGCGAGGCCUUCAAGGGCUACACCUUCAAGCUGCAGGGUGGCUCUGACAAGGAUGGCUUCCCGAUGGUGCAGGGUGUCAUGGCCCCCAGCCGCGUGUCGCUGCUGGUGAAGCGCGGCGCUGUCGGCUUCAACACGUUCCGUGGCUACCAGGGCGAGCGCCGCCGCAAGUCUCUGCGCGGCUGCAUCCUCGCGAGCGACAUCGCCGUGCUCAACGUCGUCAUCGUGAAGACAGGGGAGCAGCCGAUUGAGGGCGUCACAGAUGUCUCGGUGCCGCGCCGCCUCGGCCCGAAGCGCGCGAACAACAUCCGCAAGCUCUUCAACCUCUCGCGCGGUGACGACGUGCGCAAGUACGUCAUCCGCCGCAAGGUGACGAAGGAGGGCAAGAAGGACCGCUUCAAGGCCCCGAAGAUCCAGCGCCUGAUCACGACAGCCAUCAAGGCGCGCCGUGCCAAGAAGGUGAAGGUCGCCAUCGCGAAGGUCCGCAAGUCCGCGGAGGAGCGCCGCGAGUACCUGCGCCUCAUCGGUGCUCGUCGUCGCGCCGCCCGCCAGCGCAAGACGGCCCACCACCACACGCAGAAGGUGGCGAUGCAGAAGCAGGAGGUGGCCGCGUUCAAGGCCAAGAAAUAG